GCAAACACAGGCUCCAUGAGGAAGCAAGAGGUGUGGACAGAUAGACAGACAUGCCUGGCCUACAAUGCUGGCUCCCCAGCUGAGCAGGUGAAAACCCUUGUGGAACUGUUGGCUGGGAAGGGCAGUCAGCUGCUACAGGCCCAUAACAAAAUGCCAGACCCCCCACUGGGAUCCCAAAGCAAUGAGUCAAGGCUACGGAAGCACUGUGAGGCCCUGCUAAGCAGGGUGGGAAAUGACCCAGAACUGGGCAGCCCCUCACACCGGCUGGCCAGCCUCAUGCUGGUAGAGGGCCUGACAGACCUGCAGCUAAAGGAGCAUGACUUCACACAGGUGGAGGCCACACGUGGGGUCUGGCGCCCUGCCAGAGCCAUCACCCUGGACAGGCUCUUCCUGCCUCUGUCCCGGGUAUCCAUCCCACCUCGAGUCUCUCUCACCAUUGGAGUGGCUGGCGUGGGCAAAACCACUCUGGUGAGGCAUUUUGUUCGUUGCUGGGCCAGAGGACAAGUGGGCAAGGGCUUCUCAUGGGUUCUGCCCUUAACCUUUCGCGAUCUUAACACCUAUGAGAAACUGUCUGCAGACAGACUCAUCUCCAUGUUCUCAAACGCUGGGGAAACUAAUCUGGCGGUGACAGCCCCAGACAGAGUCCUCUUGGUCCUGGAUGGCUUGGAUGAGUGUAAGACACCCCUGGAAUUCUCCAAUACCAUGGCCUGCACAGACCCAAAGAAGGAGAUCCAGGUAGACCACCUGAUCACUAACAUCAUCCGAGGCAACCUCUUUCCAGAAAUUUCUGUCUGGAUCACUUCCCGGCCCAGUGCUGCUGGUCAGAUCCCUGGGGGCCUAGUGGACCGGAUGACUGAGAUUCGGGGCCUUACUGAGGAAGAGAUCAAGGUGUGUCUGAAGCAGAUAUUUCCGGAGGACCAGAACCUCUUAGGUCAGAUUCUGAGUCAAGUACAGGCCAACAGGGCUCUGUAUCGGAUGUGCACCAUACCAGCCUUUUGCAGGCUCAUGGGGCUGGCACUGGGUCACUUAUACCGCACCAGGCUGGCUGUCCAAGACAGAGAGCUGCCGUUGCCUCAGACCCUGUGUGAGCUAUACUCUUGGUACUUCAGGAUGGCUCUUGGUGGGGAGGGGCAGGAUAAGGGAAAGGUAAGUCCUAGGAUCGAGCAGGUGACCCAGGGAGCUCGCAAAAUGGUGGGGACAUUGGGCCGCCUGGCCUUCCAUGGGCUGGUCAAGAAGAAAUACGUGUUUUAUGAGCAAGACAUGAAGGCGUUUGGAGUGGACCUUGCUCUGCUGCAGAGCACUUUGUGCAGCUGCCUCCUGCAGCGGGAAGAGACCCUGGCCUCCUCGGUGGCUUACUGCUUCAGUCACCUAUCUCUGCAAGAAUUUGUGGCGGCUACGUAUUACUAUAGUGCAUCCAGGAGGGCCAUCUUUGACCUCUUCACCGAGAGUGGCAUGUCCUGGCCCAGGUUGGGUUUCCUCGCCCAUUUCAGAUGUGCAGCCCAGCGGGCCACACAAGCUAAGGAUGGGAGGCUGGAUGUGUUCCUGCGCUUCCUCUCUGGCCUCUUAUCCCCAAGGGUCAAUACUCUGUUGGCCGGCUCCCUGUUGGCCCAGGGUGAGCAUCAGAGCUACCGAGACCAGGUGGCUGAGGUCCUCCAAGGCUUCCUACAUCCUGACACUGCAGUCUGUUCACGCGCCAUCAAUGUCUUGUACUGCCUGAGUGAGCUUCGGCACACAGAACUGGCCCGCAGUGUGGAGGAGGCCAUGCGGAGUGGGACCUUGGCUGAGAUGACCAGCCCUUCACACCGCACUGCUCUGGCCUACCUCCUGCAGAUAUCUGAUAUCUGCUCCCAGGAGGCUGACUUCUCCCUGUGCCUCAGCCAGCGUGUCCUCCAGAGCCUGCUUCCUCAACUGCUCUAUUGUCAGAUCCUCAGGCUGGACAACAACCAGUUCCAGGACCCCGUGAUGGAGUUGCUGGGCAGUGUGCUGAGUGGGAAAGAUUGUCGUAUUCAAAAGAUCAGCCUGGCUGAGAACCAGAUUGGCAGCAAAGGGGCCAAAGCGCUGGCCAGAGCCCUGCUGGUCAACAGGAGCCUCGUCACACUGGACCUCCGGAGUAACUGCAUUGGACCACAGGGGGCUAAGGCUCUGGCAGAUGCUCUGAAGAUAAACCGAACUCUAGCUUCUCUAAGCCUCCAAAGCAACGUGAUCAAGGAUGAUGGUGUCCUGUGCAUGGCUGAGGCCCUGGUCUCCAACCAGACUAUCUCCAUACUACAGCUACAGAACAACCUAAUUGGGCCCAUAGGAGCCCAGCAGAUGGCAGAUGCCCUGAAGCAGAACAGGAGUCUGAAAGAACUCAUGUUUUCCAGUAAUACCAUUGGGGACAGAGGUGCCAUGGCCCUGGCUGAGGCCCUGAAGGUGAACCAGGGCCUAGAGAACCUGGACCUCCAGAGCAAUGCCAUCAGUAACACGGGAGUGGCGGUGCUGAUGCAAGCCCUCUGCAGUAACCAUACACUGUCCAGUCUCAACCUAAGAGAAAACUCCAUCAGCCCAGAGGGAGCCCAGGCCCUUGCUCAAGCCCUCUGCACGAACAGCACUCUGAAGCACUUGGACCUGACAGCUAAUCUCCUCCAUGACCAAGGUGCCCAGGCCAUUGCAGUAGCAGUGGGAGAAAACCACUCCCUCACACACCUUCACCUGCAGUGGAACUUCAUUCAGGCUGGUGCAGCCAGGGCCCUGGGACAAGCACUCCAGCUGAACAGGACCCUGACAACCUUAGAUUUACAGGAGAAUGCCAUAGGGGAUGAAGGAGCUUCCUCAGUGGCUGGCGCACUGAAGGUGAACACAACCCUCACUGCUCUCUACCUACAGGUGGCUUCCAUUGGUAGCCGAGGGGCCCAGGCACUUGGGGAGGCCCUAGCUGUGAACAGAACCUUGGAGAUUCUUGACUUACGAGGAAACGACGUUGGGGUAGCUGGAGCCAAGGCCUUGGCAAACGCUCUGAAGUUAAACUCUAGUCUUAGAAGACUCAAUCUCCAAGAGAACUCAGUGGGGAUGGACGGGGCCAUAUAUGUCGCCACUGCUCUGUCUGAGAACCAUGGUCUGCACCAUAUUAAUCUCCAGGGAAAUCCCAUUGGGGAAUCCGCUGCCAGGAUGAUCUCAGAGGCUAUCAAGACAAAUGCUCCCACAUGCACUGUGGAAAUGUAA